AUGAUAACUACAAGAAGAUCAACCAUAAAUUUAACUAAAAGAUUCAUAUCCAAUCAAUCUAAAAAGAAUAAAAGAUUUAUGCAAACAAUACCCAUAACAGGAUCAUCAGCUACUAGUGUACCAUUUUAUUCCGGGUUAAAUUAUUCAAGUACAAAUCAACAACCAUCAACCACAUCCAAAUGGGCUAAACAUACAUUAGUAACCCCAGUUCCUCAACAACAACAGACACAACAGACACAACAGACACAACAACAGGUGCAACAGCCUACUGUUGCUGCGCCAAUUAGAAGAUCAAGGACUUCUCGGUUCUCAAAUACCACAUUAAAAGAAAUAACCACAUCAAAACCAAAAGUUGCUGUUCCACCUCCUGCAUCUAAUAUAAUAGAAAUAUCUGCUACUCCAGAAGUGCUAGCUGCAUCUUCAGCAAUACAAGCUGCCCCUAAAGUUGCGCCUGCUGUUGCUAGUACUACUACUGCCACCACCACAGCCGCCGCUCCAAAGAAGAGAAGGGUAUUACGUCCAAGAAAGGCAUUGAUCACAUUAUCAUCAAGUGCAAUGGAACAUUUAGCACGAGAAAGGUUAGUUGAAUAUGUUGAUUCCGCGGGGAAAUUUGAUGAAUUGGUUGAACAAGAUGAUGUAAAAGUAUUAAUUGAUUCCAAAGCAUUAUUUUCUAUUGUUGGAUCAGAAAUGGAUUGGUUGGAUGAUAAAUUAUCUUCAAGAUUUAUAUUUAAGAAUCCAAAUUCUAAAGGAACUUGUGGAUGUGGUGAAUCAUUUAUGGUGUAG